CUCAUUUUCCCUCGGCUUUUUCUUUGUAUUUCUCGGCAACCAAACACAAAACCAUGAACGAAGACGAGCUGCGUUCCGAAGCAAAAAUGGUCGAUCUUCUGAAUCAAUUCGAACAUAUCUUGGAAUCCGAUCCUCACAUCGAUGAGGUGGGAUUUGUUCACCCAUCCCAGUUUUUCCAGCUGAACGAAGAGGCGGGUCAUUCCUUACCCUCAUCUGACAGCUCAGCUGAUGGAAAUUCGGUUUUUUGGAAUGACGAUCAUAAGUUGGGGAUUUCAACACAAGUUCUUCUUCCAUUAUAUAAGGCAUCUAAGGAUGCGUUUAUGACAGCCAAUAGACAGUUUAAGGAACUGAACAGCACCUCUGAUGUAUCUGGGGUUGAGAAUUCUCUAUGUACCUCACUAUCUUUGGAUGACAGUAUUGAAAGUGCCGUCAUGAAGCAUAGCAGGGCUCUUUUGUUGCUAAGUUGUGAUUUCGGCACUGCGUGGCAUUCCAGGAAGCUCGUGGUGUUGGAGAAGCAUAAGCUCUCAGCAUUACUGGAUGAACUUCUCUUGUCAGCACUUGUUCUUUCAUAUUCACCUAAGUCUGAGUAUGCUUGGGGCCAUAGGAAGUGGGUUAUCAAAUCAAUUUCUGAAAAGUGUUCAACUCUGCCAGAGAUUGUGACCAAAGAGUCUGAGCUGGUGGAGAAAAUAGCUGAGAGGUCAAAAAUGAAUUACCGUGCAUGGAAUCAUCGUUGCUGGUUGGUUUCCUACAUGACAAGAGAACAGUUGCUACAUGAAUUAAAGAGAUCCAGACACUGGGCCAACUUGCAUGUUGCUGAUCAUAGUUGCUUCCAUUAUCGUAGUCAGCUAAUGCUUAAGACUUUAGAGGACCAAUGCUAUGAACAAGAAAUAUCAUCUUCUGGUUACAGUGUUGAAAUAUAUCUACUGUGGAAGGAUGAACUUGAUUGGGAUGAAAUGCUGAUAAAGCGCUACAUAGGAAGAGAGGCUCUAUGGCUUCAUCGCCGCUUCCUUUCCCUAUUUUGGAUAAAGCAUUUCUUAACUGAUCACACUGGUCUGUCCAGCCAUGGGAAGCAGAAAACCAGCAUGAAUAAUGACUUCAGCGUAUUUAUGGACAAUGAGUUACAUCUCCUCCACUCCUGCUCAAUCAUUCCAGAUAAUAGCUUUGACGAUUACCAAGCACAGGCAAUGCAUUCUGCUACUUACAUGUUAUGGUUGAUUAAGCAAAUCCCUGAUUCUUGUCGGAUUGAAUUACAAGAGAAGCUCAGAACAGAAAAUCUGAAAGCUCUGCUGAAUAAGGUGUGCCCAGAAAGGUCCUCAACUUGGGAUUGUUUAACGGGCUAUGUUGAAGCAUCUGACCAUUAAAUGAGGGAGAGUUAAGACCCUGGAUCAAUUCUUAAUCUUAACCAGGUAAUCCGUUAUUUUCUCCCCUUUGGCGCUGGAGAAGAUACUGAUCUCCCGAUAUGUUACAUCACCUUUUAAUACAUACGCCCAUAUUGUUAAAGGAUGUUGUAUUAUCUGGAUUGCUGAGUAUCAGAGCAGCUUUGCAAGGAACUGUGUUAACGGAUGUAUCCAAAAUUUACUCUACUAAUUUCGCGAUGUAUAAGGAAAGGAUAUGUCAGAGACUCACAAUAAAAUCAUGGCAUGUUAACGGACAUUUUGUA